UGAAUGUCAAACACAACACAAAAACAGUGUAUUUGUUGUCAACAAACAAACCGUUCAUUCAAUUCAUACCGUAUUUAUUGAUCACGUUUUCAAUACUAAUCCAUUGAUCGGCCGAAACCAUCUAUGGAUCAGAUGGACGACAACAGUCUUCGGUACGAACUGGAGUCCAGAGGACAGGACAUCGGACCCAUUGUUGACUCGACCCGAGAGUUGUAUAGAAGACUAUUGAAGCGACUGUUGGAGGAAGAGAUGGAUCGACUCAUGGGUGACGAAGAGUCGCCGUUAGACGCCAUCGAUGGCGACGACGACCAGACACGGGACGAGUCCGACCACCAGAAGGAGAAGACAGACGUUAAGUACGAGAAGUCUUCGUCGAGAUCCAAGUUUUUGGUCUUUUUAUUGACACUUUUCUUAUGCGUUGUUUUCGCGUAUUUUGUCAAAAGUGUCAAAAAAUAGUUCAUUAGUUGUCUUUGAAAACAAUAGUUUUAUUCAUAAUCCAGUCGUUUAUCUCAAAAUCCAAGUGUUUUAUUG